GAGAGGCUCAUUUCCUGGUGUAUGUGUGUGGGAGAGGAGACUUUGCCACUGAAUCGGGAGGGCUUCAUGUGUGCAAGAUUAAAAGUUGCACAAGUAAGAGUAUCUUUCCAGUUCUGGAGGUGACCCAAAAGAAAGGAAAAGAGAUGGAAGGACAUGUCCCAGAAGAACCUGGAAAUGACAAGAGACCAAGCAGAGGUCCCCAUCCCACCCAAGCAGGAAGCGGUGCUGAAUUCUGGGGGAAAGUUGUGCCAGAAAUCAUGGCUCAGGACACUAUGACAGCAGAAUUACGCAGCCACUGCUUCCGACAGUUCUGUUACCAUCAGGCUGAUGGGCCCCGAGAGCUUUGCAGCCGGCUCCAUGGACUUUGCAACCACUGGCUGGAGCCAGAGAGGCGCACCAAGAAGCAGAUCCUGGACCUGGUGAUCCUGGAGCAGUUCCUGACUCUCCUGCCCCAGGAAAUGCAGAGCUGGGUCAGAGGAUGUGGGCCGGAGACCAGUUCCCAAGCGGUGGCCCUGGCUGAAGGUUUCCUCCUGAGUCAGGCAGAGGAGAAGAGGCAGGCAGAACAGGUGUGGGGGCCAUCCAUGAAGAUGGAAGGGACGUUCCCUGAGGCAGAAGGAACUCCAUCCGAGGAAGGGCAGAGGGCUCUGGCCCAGGAGGGUGCCCAAGAUGCCCUCUCAUGUGUCAGUCCACAGGUGCUCUCAAGCUGUCGUCUUUGGAUAGAUGUGGAAGCAGCUGCUGCACCUCUGGUCCAGUGUCCCUUUUCCUUCGAGGAGGUGGCCGUGUAUUUCACAGAGGCCGAGUGGACCCUGCUGGAUCAGGUCCAAAGAGCUCUCUACAGGGAGGUGAUGCUGGAGAACUAUUGGAGCGUGGCCUCUCUGGCAGGGGAUGAUCAAAGGAAUGAGGAGGUUGAGGAACUGCAUCAUCUAUCGCCCGAUGAAGUCAAGAAUGAAGAUGGGAGAGGAAACUUUAGGGAUGAAGGUACACCUAAGGGGCAGAAAGGCAGCCGCACGGUCAAGAAGAGAGAGAAACCCAUUCCUUGCCAAGGGGGGGAUGUUUAUGAAGUAAUUCACAUGGUGGAAGAAACAUACAAGUGUGUGGAGUGUGGAAUGAGCUUCUCAGAUAAAACCCAAUAUAAUCUCCAUUUGCAAAUGCACGGUGGAAUGGAGAGCCAUCAAUUUUUGGAGGAUAAAAAGAGCUUCCUUUGUAGGGCAGAGCUCCUUGUAGAUCAAGAGACCGAUGCAGGAGAGAGAUAUUUUAGGUUCUCAGGCCAGGGUGAAGGUUACUCACAGAAUUUAGACCUUAUUAAACACCAAAAGAUUUGUUCAGAGGACAAGCCAUUUAUCUGUUCAGAGACUGGAAUGGCAUUCUCUGAUGGAAACAGGCGUAAUGUGCAUUUCCCAAAGCACAGUAUAAUGAAGAUAUGUAAAUGCUUUUAUUGUGGAAAGUACUUUAAAUACAGGACAGAGCUUCUUGCGCACCAAAGAAUACAUAUAGGGGAAAAACCUUUUGAAUGCUCAGAGUGUGGAACAAGGUUCAGGCGGAGGAGCCAUCUGCAGCGGCAUCUCAGAGCCCACACAGGGGAAAAACCUUUUGAAUGCUCCGAGUGUGGAAAGAGAUUCCUUCGAAAUAGUGACCUUCAACGGCACCUAAGAACGCACACAGGGGAGAAUCCUUUCGAAUGCUUAGUGUGUGGGAAGAAAUACAGUCAGAGUUGCAACCUUCAAGCACAUCUGUCAACACACACUGGAAAGAAACUAUUUGAAUGUCCAGAGUGUGGAAAGAGAUUCAAAUGGAGUAGCCGUUUUCAAGAGCAUCAAAGAAUACACAGUGGGGAGAAACCUUUUGAGUGCUUAGAGUGUGGGAAAAGAUUCAGUCAGAAUGGCCAUCUUCUUGGGCACCAAAGAAUGCACACAGGGGAUAAACCUUUUGAAUGUUCAGAGUGCGGGCUAAGAUUCAGUUGGAGUAGCCGUCUGCAGCAGCAUCUAAGAACCCACACAGGGGAAAAACCUUUUGAAUGCUCAGAGUGUGGAAAGAGAUUCCUUCGAAAUAGUGACCUUCAACGGCACCUAAGGACCCACACAAAGGAGAACCCUUUUGAAUGCUCCGUGUGUGGGAAGAGAUUCAAGUCGAGUAGCAGUCUUCAACGGCAUCAAAGAAUACACAAGGGGGAAAAGCCUUAUGUGUGCUCAGAGUGUGGGAAAAGAUUCAGUCAGACUGGCAAUCUUCUUGUGCAUCAAAGAAUACACACAGGGGAGAAACCUUUUGAAUGCUUAGAGUGUGGAACAAGAUUCAGGCGGAGGAGCAAUCUGCAGCAUCAUCUAAGAACCCAUACAGGGGAAAAACCUUUCGAAUGCUUGGAGUGUGGAAAGAGAUUCAUUCGAAAUAGUGACCUUCAGUGGCACCUAAGAACCCACACAGAGAACCCUUUUGAAUGCUCAGUGUGUGGGAAGAAAUACAGUCAGAGUUGCGACCUUCAAAAGCAUCUAUCAACACACACUGUAGAGAAACUAUUUGAAUGUCCAGAGUGUGGAAAGAGAUUCAAGUGGGGUAGCGAACUUCAACGGCAUCAAAGAAUACACAUGGGGGAGAAACCUUUUGAGUGCUCAGAGUGUGGAAAAAGGUUCAGUCAGAAUGGCAAUCUUCUUGUGCAUCAAAGAACCCACACAGGGGAGAAACCUUUUGAAUGCUCAGAGUGUGGGAUAAGAUUCAGGCGGAGUACCCACCUGCAGCGUCAUCUAAGAACCCACACAGGGGACAAGCUUUUGAACACUCAGAGUAUGGAAAGCCAUUCAGAUGGAGUGAUGUUCUUCAACAGCAUCUAAGAAUUCACACCAACAAAAAAAUCUUUGGAAUGCUCAGAGUGUGAAAAAGGGAUUCAUUCAUCAAAGCUGUGAUCUUCAAAAAUGACUAUGAACUCACCCUUGGAGAAUCCUUCUGAAUGCUCAGAGUAUACGAAGGGAUUCUGUCAGCCUGGCCACCUUCAACAACAUCAAUGAACCCGCACAAGGGGAAGCCAUGUGACUGCUUAACUUGUGAAAAGGGCAUCUCUUAUUUCACACCUAAAAGACAACCACAGACUAUAGAAACCGUGUAAACUCUUGUAAAGUCUUUGCAUCUGCCCAGAAUCUUACCGUAACCUGAAAGAACUGAUAAUGCAGAGAAAUGUCUCCCCCCCCCCCCGCCCCAUGAGUGCUGGAACUCUGGUUUCCCAAAUGGCUCCGUUUUCUCUUUAUAGCCAAAGGAGGGAAGGGAGAACUGUGACUCAGUUGCAUUCCAGGUGUGCUGAGAGCUGCCUGCUUUGCCACACAUCUGGCCCUUCCCUUUCCUUAGAGGUAGGAAGUGAACAGGAAGUUCCCAGGCAGGCUUUGGGGUACUUCCCAGCAAUGCACUGGCCAAAUGUAAUAUUUUUCCUGUUUAAAUAGGACUGCUGAGGAAGAAACAUGGUGUUUUUAAAUGCAGCUUCAUAUAGAGAAGGAGACCUUCGUGCAAAGGUGUCCCCAGUGGCAGCCAUUUUCUGUCAGACCGUGUAGGAUGGACCAACCUUGUUCCAGGUAAGAUGGACCAACAAGGAAACAAUUUUGCCACUCUGUAUGCUUUAAAAGCCUGCUCUAGUCCUUGUAACAUCUAGCUAGGGCAUGAGUAGGAACCGUGGAAAGAAGGGUGCGUUUCUAACCAAAUUUCCUUUGUUCUUCUGUUUGCUGGUCUGGUGCUUUGCUAAACGUAUGCUUGUAAACAUUUCCUUUUGAAUAAAUAUUUUAACCUUCUGA